CACUGAGCAACUGCAGUAUGCUCGGAUUGCCUCAGACAUCUCCAUUUCUCAGAGGACAGUGGAGGGUUGCAUAGAAAAGACCAUGCGUCUAUUCUCUCUCUGCAUAGAGAAUGGCAAGAAUGUUGCCUUUGUUUUAAAUGAUGUCGGCAUGCUUGUUAUCCAGGGAAAAGAUGUGAAAAUAAGAUUUUAUAAAGACUUUCUGAAAAGGCUGAAUGGGACUGAAAAGAUGCUAGAAGCUCUUCUUGGAAUGCCAGAGAUGAGGGAUUCCGUCCUGUCAGGCACUGAGACUGUGGCUUCCCAGAUCCGCUCUGGCAGUGUCAUUGUCUUCCCACAGUAUGAACUCCAGAUUGUGCAGCCUGCCAUCAAAGGACCCGCAGAGCUCACCGAAGAACAGGAGGAGGAGAAGGAUGAUAAUGGCAACAAAAAAGGGGCUCUUCCUGACAAUCGCCUUCUCUCCAGAGAGAGGCAUGCUCCACCCAAAAAGACUUCUAUCCAUAAGGAGGAAGACAAGAUGCACAAAACCAGGGGAAAAAGGCUUCCUGCCAGUCCACCACCACCAAUCCAGUGGAGCUCAGUGAAGAAAGUGGAAGCCAAAAAGAAAGAAAUCCCUCAUGCUGGACCAAAACUUGUAAACUUUAUUGCUGAAGCUAUUAAGACAAAAGAGCAGGUAUAUAAUAGGGAGUGAUGCAAUGUUUGCGUAGUAGUUUAUUGUAGAAAAGCACAGUUGUACAGCCAUUGACUC